ACCGUUAUCAGGAAGCGCGUCCCGGCUGUGACCUGUUUCGUCAGUUUUCAUCAGUAACAUGGAAUAAAGCUGGAAUAAAGAAUCAUGUUUAAAUUAAAUCUGUUGCAGAAAAACAGGACGUUCAGAUAUGGAGUUCCUAUGCUCUUGCUGGUAGUCGGAGGUUCCUUUGGCCUGAGAGAGUUCACACAAAUCCGAUAUGAUUCCCAGAAGAUCAAAAGGAAGUUAGAUCCUUCUCUGGAGGCCAAAGUCGAUGUUGAGAGGCAGAAAGUCAUACUGGAGGAGGAGUACGAGAAGAUAAAAGCGGUGAAUUUGGAGGAGUGGAAGAACAUCCGUGGUCCUCGUCCCUGGGAGGACUCGAGAGACUAUCAGGAGCAGCAGCGCUCCAGGCAGAACAAAGAGCACUGAAGCUCAGGGAUACGAGGCCGAGCACUGCGGCAGGACGGGCCAGACAAGAAUGGACAGUGUCUGUGGCGAAGACACCGCAGAGACCCAAUUAUCCCGCAAGUCACAGUUGCAGGACGAGACGGGGGCUCAACGUGUUUGGUGUUGGCUUGUUCUAGACUUCUAACCUUUGGAAAUAAUGUGCAUUGUUGUGUUUGUUGUGACGGAAACUGGUUUUAGAUCUAGUGACAUUUAACCUCUCCUAAACUACUCCGGAACUACGGUGGCCUUCAUGUAAAACACUUCUGUUUGUGCUGCUGUGUAAACAUUAUUAUGCUAUUGCAUAAAAAGUAGGCAACAAAAACAAAUCAUUGGUAUGUUAAUGACAUUAUACACAUAUUAGGCCACAACCAACUAUUAUUUUCAUAAUCAGUUAAUCUGGCCAAAAUGACUCAUGUGUUAUAAUAAUAAUUCUUUAUUCUAUGGUGCAAAGAAACCAGAAGAUAUCACACUCUGGACCUUUAAAAUUAAAGAAAUACUCUGUGAUUUCAAUGCACAAAAGUAUAAAUGAGUCACCUUUUGUUUGGUUGGUCUCCAGUCUGAUCAGGUGUUUGGAACCAAAAAUACCAGCAGGUGGCGCAUGUGUGUCCUGCUGCUCUGUAUCCUACUAACAAAGAAACUAUAUAUAUAUAUAUAUGAGUGUUUGUACAAUCAGUGAAUCAAAGUAGGAUUUUCAUGUCUCAGUAAAUUAUUGCUACUGAUCCAAAUUCUGACUUUUUGUUCUUUUUAGAUGCGUCGAGUCUCUGUUUACAAGUGAACUGCACUGAUUCAGCCGUGGAAAGUACCAGAGAAUAAAUAACUCGGCAGUCCAGCUUUUCCUCAGGCUUUACACGACGUGACAGUAAUCUGUUUCUUUGACAGUUAUUACUUUGCAAUGUGGUGGAUUUAUUAAGUUUGGAAUGGUAAUAGUAUUACCUUUUCCCUUUUCUUUGCUCC